CCCUUCGUCUCCAAAUUAGCGGCUCCUCCACCGCACUAAACAGUAGGUCUCUCGGGUCGGGAAGGUCCAUGCUAUCGCUGGGCAGACGGUUAAUUCACUACGUACAUAUGUACUAGAGUAGCUGGAUAGAAUCUGAAUCGCAACGCGAUAGAGAACAGCCGUGUUUCUUUUUUCCACCCCGCAGUCCGCAUCGUCAUCACACUACUGUAGCCUGAUACUUACCCGCGCCUAGAAAAAGCAGUAAACGUACAGCAACAUGGCAGACCUCACCGGCCUCAUCACCGCCGACCCUGGACUCCCCCGGUCCAACCCGACCCCAUCCUACUGGCAACAUGUCCCGCACCCAUUAGCAAGCACUCAAUCGGCAUCGCUACCCAAUCACACGGAUUACGCGGUGAUAGGGUCUGGAAUAACAGGUCUCUCGGUGGCACUGACCCUUCUUGAGUCCGACCUGUCUGCAACCGUGACCGUUCUCGAGGCCCGCACGCUUUGCUCCGGCGCCACCGGUCGUAACGGUGGCCAACUCGCCGCCAAUGCGGGAGAGGAGUACUUGCAUUUGGCGCGGGUCCAUGGAGCGGAGAGAGCAGGGCAAAUCGUCAGGUUCACUUUGCGGAAUCUUGAGCGGAUGCGAGACCUCGUGAAUAAAUAUGCACCAGACGCAAGUGAGCUACAGGAUGUCCAGAAACUGCGGGUCUUUCAAACGCCAGAUACCUUCGCCGACUUUGAAGAAAGCAUUGCAGCGCUGGAACGUGAUCACCCAUCGCUCGAGGGAUUAUACACGAUCAUCAGUACUGAGCAGUUAAAGGAAGAGUAUAAAAUGGACGGCGCAGGGGGCGCGCUCCUCCGCGCGGGCACAGUCUGGCCCUAUCGCCUCAUCACACAGACCUUCGCCAGCCUGCUCGAGAAGUACCCCUCGAGACUGAGCAUUGAAACAAACACGCCGGUGACCGGUGUUGAUGUCGACUCCAGCUCAGGAUACACCGUCCAAACAUCCCGAGGAUCACUUCGCGCUGGGAAAAUCGCCUACUGCACAAACGGCUAUACCGGCCAUCUCCUUCCUCGUCUCCGUGGACCCAUAUUCCCCUUCAAGGGAACCAUGACCGUGCAGGACCCCGGCCCUAACACACGGAACUGCGGAAAGGAGAUCUCCUGGGGCUUUCACUACCCUGCAGUUUACGAUGAAACGUCCAACAUUUACUCGGGAGGACUGUACUACCUCCUACAAAGUGCACGAACAGGCUACUUCUAUUUCGGCGGGGAGCACACGAAAAUCGAGAACGGCCUAUCAUCAGACGAUACCGAAGUUGACGAGGGUUCUAUCGCCCAGCUGCGGGAGAAACUUGCACGGUUUCUGGGGGAAGACAGAAGCCGCGAGCCAUGGGCGGUGGUCAGCGCAUGGAGUGGUGUCAUGGGGUUUUCCGCAGAUGGCUUACCGGUUGUAGGGCGUCUGCCAGCAUCAGUAACCGAGCGGGAAGGAGAAGGGGAGUACAUCGCAGCCGCGUUUAACGGGUACGGGAUGCCAAAUUGUUUGUUGUGUGGGGAGACGUUGGCCAGGUUCAUGAUGGGCAAGAAUGAAGUAGUGCAACUACCCGAGGCCUAUGGGAUUAAUGAGGACCGAUUGAAGAAUCUUUUGACUGUGGAGAAUUCGGUUGGCUAUUUCACUGUCAAUUCUUCUACCAACUAAAGUAGUGUAGUUCAUAAACAAAUCGGGUAUCUUGACUACGGGCAGAUAGGGCUUCUUACCACAACUUCCUAUAAUCCACUUAAUAGUGUCCCACUGAUCAUAAUGUUCUUGGGAGAAUUAGAGUGCUUCCUGCUUCGCUAUGGUCCGGACCAUAAGAUGAAUAUUAA